UAAAGCACAUAUGUACAUCCACAGUGGGUCGUGGCCUUUCCGUUGUAACAUCUGUAGCAGAGGGUUCAGCAAACAGACCAACCUACGUAACCACCUUUUCUUACAUACAGGAGACCGGCCAUAUCCCUGUAAAUUUUGUGGAAAGAAGUUUGCUCUGGCUUGUAAUCUUCGUGCACAUACCAAAACACAUCAUCACAGUGAUGGAAAAAUAAAUAGCAACAAAGAAAUGCCAUCAGAAAAAACAGGUAUCGCUAACACAGCAUAUGAUAGUGCUGCACCAGGACACGAAGACAAGCUCAAUCUGAACCCCCGUAGAGGGACAAGUGAUACCAACUGUAAAAUUCACAAUACCUGGCAUGAAAAGAAUGACAAAGGAACACAAUCGAUUCUAGUGACGGCCCCUAACACGUGCUCUCUCCCGACACCAGAAACAAUUCAACAGUUCCCGUCCUGUUCUUUAAUAAAGAAUUUCCAUUCAUUAGACAGUACUGAGAGUCCAAUGAAAAUUCCUUCUGCAACUUUUACAGAUAACAAAAGAUUGUUUCAUAUGAAUUCCAAUAAUUGUGCACCUGAUGAUCUGUCUAAAUCAUUAACACAUUCUGAUCAAUUGCAUGAUAUAAGUAGGCUUGGAUACACAAACAUUUUGGAAGAACUAUGGUCUGGAAAUAAUUCCUUCAUUAAUCAGUACAACAUUCCACUUUCAGUACUUCCAACACCUUUCAACAUUAACAUGCCAUGUUUAACAUCCAUAUCAUUAGCUGAUUUACAAGCUUUGUUACUGAUGCAAGCAGCUAAUAUGGCAAUACUUCAUGGAGGAAACAUCGCUUUCAAUGAUGGGAAGUCACUGAAAAAGCAACUGAAUGAACCAGCACAAAGCAGAAGUCUUUUACUAGCCUAA